AUCACAAUGUGUGCCAGUAUGAAGAGGAUCACUGCGUUCGCACGAGUCAAGCCAACAACUGACUUUCCCCAAGAUGUGCUCAAGUUUCGGCCAGACAAUAAGACCAUAGAUGUCUACACGGAGAGAGACCUCUCGAAAGGCAUUGUCAACAACAAGCAGACAAACUGGUCUUUUAAAUUGGACGGUGUCCUCCACAACGCCCCUCAGGAAAUGGUUUAUAAUGUGUUGGCCAAAGGUCUGGUCAAUCAAGCCCUGAAUGGAUAUAAUGGUACUAUAAUGUGUUACGGGCAAACAGGGGCUGGUAAGACUUACACCAUGACAGGAAUGACGGAAAACUACCUCAAUCGAGGGAUCAUCCCCCGAGCCAUACAACAGGUCUUCAAGUCAGUGGAGGAACAUGGGAGCCAGUUCAUCUCUGUGCGGAUUUCUUACAUGGAGAUCUACAACGAGACCAUCUUUGACCUUCUCUCCAUGAUGCCUUUGGGGGCAGUCAAUGAUGUGCCUCUGUCUGUUGUGGAGACCCCCUGUGGGGUCUCAGUGAAAGGGUUGACUGUACAUCCUGCCCCAAGCGAAGAAGUGGCUUUAAAUCUUCUGUUUGAGGGCAACCUCAACCGGUCUGUUGGCCAAAACGCUCUGAACACGCAUUCUUCUAGGUCCCACUGCAUCUUCACAAUUUACAUCGAGUGUCAUUCCAGAAUCCUUUCCAAUGCCCAGUACGUCACCUCCAAAAUCAACCUGGUCGACCUGGCAGGCUCGGAGAGGCUGGCAAAGAGCAAAUCCGAAGGCCGUGGAUUGAAGGAGGCCACGUACAUCAACAAGUCCCUCUCCUUCCUCGAACAAGUAAUUCUUGCCUUGUCUGAUCACAACCGAGAACACAUCCCCUUCCGUCAGAGCAAGCUCACCUACACCUUGAAGGACUCAUUAGGUGGGAAUUGCAAUACGGUCCUAGUGGCUAACAUCUGCAGUGAGGCUGUUCACAUUGUGGAGACGCUCUCCACCCUUCGGUUUGCUAGCAGAAUGAAAUGGGUGAUGACGGAACCAGUUGUCAAUGAAAAGUUUGACGCGGAGAGAAUGGUGAAAAAUCUGGAGAAAGAAGUCCUUUACCUGAAGGAGGAGCUGGCGAUGCAUAACAGCUUGCUCAACCGCGCCCCAGUGUCCUAUGAGCCCCUGAAUGAGAUCCAGAUCGGAGAGAUCCACUCUCAGGUUCGCCGGUUCCUUGACGGGACCAUCGAUGAAUUAGACAUUGUGAGCAUCCGGCAGAUCCACGAAGUGUUCAACCAGUUCAAAACAAUUUUGAACCAACAAGAACAGGAGGUGGAGUCCAGAUUGCGGAGCAAAUACACCCUGAUAGACAAGAACGACUUUGCAACCCUCUCCGUUGUGCAAAAGGCCGGGCUGGUUGAUGCCGAGGGCCACCUGGUCGGGGAAGUCGAUGGCCAAGGCUUUGGGAUCGGAGUGGCCCCGUUCUCCUCCAAACCGGGAGGGAAGAAGUCCAAAUCGAGGAAAGGCAAAGACCUCACCAGCCCCACGUCGAAGAAGGAGGGCCCGGUGAGCCCCCAGUCUGGGAAGGAGGUGGAGGCUGUCUCUCCAUCCCGCAGCCAAGUGGCGGCCGCCAGCAAGGAGCCUGAAGUCAAGGAGACGCGGGAGCCAGACACGAUCAGUGUGGACACCCAUCGCUCCGACUCAGCGCCCAAAGAGGAGGCUCCUACCAGGCCCAGCUCCCCGCCCCCCAGGCCGGCUGCCUUUGAGGACUUCAAGAACGAACGGGGCAGCGAGAUCAACCGGAUCUUCAAGGAGAACAAGGGCAUCCUGAACGACCGCAAGAAGAAGCUGAGCGAAGUGGCCAACCGGCUGAACAUGCUCAAGCAGGAGAUGGACACCGCCCGGCAGGCCCUGGAGGCCCAGAAGCUGGAGCGCGAGCAGCAGGGAGAAUACCUGAAUGAUGAGGGGCAAAUCAUCAUCGAUGAGGAGGAGUUCCUGCUGAUCAUGAAGCUGAAGGACUUGAGGAAGCAGUACCGGGCCGACUACAAUGAGUUGCGAGACCUGCGCUCCGAAGUCCAGUAUUGUCAGCACUUGGUGGAUCAGUGCCGCAACAGGUUGCUCACAGAGUUCGACAUCUGGUACAACGAGUCCUUCCUCAUCCCGGAGGAGGUCCAGGAGGUGCUGCGACCCGGAGGAGCCAUCCGGCUUGGCAUGAUUCCCAUCAACAGGGUCCUGACCCUGGAUGAAGACGACCAGGAGAGGUUUGACCGGAUGCAGCAGGAAGUGCUGCCUUUCUGCCCGGAUUCAGUCUCCUUCUAUAACGCCAAGGCCAAGGUGGACCGUAAGCACAAAUAUUCCCGAGCCAUGACUUCCCUGGAGCAAAUGAGGAAGAAGCCCGGAUCGGUCCAAGCGGCCGUCAGGAACAAGCCCCCGUCUGUCCUUAAUGUCAUCUAGACCCAAGGAUCCCUUUGCCUCUCGUGUUUCUCACUCAAGAAGAAUUCAGCCGAGAGAUCCUCCGGAGACAGAACCAAAGCAAGUCCACUUUCGGCAUCAUAAAAACUCCGGUGUUUCUUAAGUAUUGCUCUGAACGAUCUGGUCUGAAACCUUACUUCAGGCCCUGGUAUUCAUUGAGAUGCAUACUUUGGUUAGGAAGACCAAGCAAAAGG